AUGGAAGAGAAAGAAUCUAUUGUAGCUGCAAAGGAUUCAAAUACAUCCAUCGCUUCAGAUAUAAAUAAACUGGAAAUUGACAGUCAAAACAUCGAAAUCUCUAAAGAUGUUGAAUUAAAGGAAAUUAAUGAAAAUACAGUUGAAAUAAAUAAAGUAGAAUCUUCAAAUGAUAAUGAAGUAGACAAAGUACCGACAACUAUUGAUUGUGAGGAGUUGCCAAGUCAAAAGAGUGCGAAUGAAGAAGAACCCACAAAUGAUCAGAAAACGAAAAGUUCAUCCAGUUCUGAAGAAUCUAGCAGCACGGAAGGAACUGAAUCAUCUUUAAUAAAAGAAGAAGAACCACAAAAACGAAAGCGUAAACGAAAAAGGAGGCGUAAAAGGAAGAUUGCUGAUAUAGCUGCAUAUACUCCCGACGAACCAUUUACAAAGAGAUAUAAGAAGUCUUUAAUGGAACUGUCUAUGAAGCCAAAAUUACAUGUGAAGUUUGACGAAAGCGGGAAUAUAAUUUCCUAUAAGAACAACUAUAAACCUCGCAUAAUUUCUGCUUUGCCAAGAAACUUAAUGGUAACUGAAAACACAUCAUUUGAAAAUAAAGAGAAAUCAAUCGAGGUGACAAAGGACAUUGAGAAGGUUGAUGAACCUAUUUUACCUGUAAUAUCACUAAAACCUCGCAUAAUAAAAGCAAUUGGCUCAUAA